AUGGUUCGUGUCACGGAGGAGCUGGUGCUCUCGCCAGAGCAUGUCACUCUCUACUACGCGAGCGACCCGCUGCUUGGCCAACUCCCCGUCCUCAUCUUCUACGGCCCCUCCACCACCGCAAACUACACCCACAACAGCUCCCGAAUCCAGAUUCACAUCUACAGCGCGGCCGGCUAUGUGUCCUUUCCCCGCAUCACCGUUUCUCCGAGCUCGCCCUUUUACAGCGUCGUCGCCCACCUCCCGCGCGAGUUCCAGGGCGAUGAAGUUUGCAGGGGGCUUGCCUUUGGUCUCCGCAGAUAUUUUGCCGAGCUGCCCGAGGUCGUCAAAAACCAUCUCAAGAACCAGUACCCGGUCACACGCGCCCGGCGCCCCGGGUCCGCACCGGCCCUGUUCGGCGAGCAGCAUGCGGCCGACCUAGCCAAGGCCGCCGUCCAGGCAGGGAACACGGCCGAGGUUAUUGAGAUUCUCGAAUAUGCGCUACGGACACAGCACAUGAGUGGAAUCGACGUGGACCUAGUCCUGCCGCCGGGGUCGAUCGUUCCCCUAGAAAACGCCGACUUCGAGGACGUGCCGGACGACGACGACGAUGAUAUCCUAGACCCGACUCUGCGUCAGUACGGCGGGUACGCUCCGUUGGUGAAGCUGUUCGGUGAGCCGGUCUUUUUACCAACCUCAAAGCUACGGCGAGCGCCGUCGAGGCCGACUUCGUUGAAUCGCACCAAGUCCUUUUCCAAGAACCAAAAGGUGGAGCUGCGUAUGAAGAUGGGCGAGCUGGUCGACACCGAGGAGCGUUACGUGCUCAAGCUUAAUGAGCUUGUCAAUAAUAUUGCCAACGACUUUCGAGUAAAAGCCAAAGAGCGCCCCUCCGAGAGCAUCAGCCCAUGCGAAGAGGAUCUGGAGAAGCUGUUCCCCAAAUCAGCCGAUAGCAUUCUCGAGAACAACUCGGCCUUUAUGCAGGAACUCCGGCGGAUCAUGGACGAAACCGAGGAGGAAGCCGUCAAAGACAUGGACACCCCGUUCCCCAUCACUAGGUUGGGUGGUUCCAACAAGGCCAAGGAUCCAAGUGGUGCCGUUGCCAUGGCCAAGGUGUUCCUCGAGUGGUUCCCCAAGUUUACCGACUGCUAUCAGGAUUACAUUCGCGCCAGCCAGAAUUUCCCCCAGCUCCUCAAUUCUUUCCUCGAUAACCAGUCAAGCUUUCGUCAGCGGGUCGUCCAAACGGGCGAGCAGACCAUCCGCUCGCUGCUGAUCGAGCCGGUACAACGACUACCCCGAUACAGCCUCUUCAUUGACCAGAUCGUCGCCUGCCUUCCUAUCACCCACCCGGCAUUACAACUCCUCCUUCGCGCGAGAGAUAUAAUCACAAACAUCUGCUCCAUGGACGAUCCCCUUCCAGAGAAGCCCCACGUCACAAAUCGCCUUCGCGCUAUGGUAGAACACUGGCCAGCGGACCUUGAGCCCCAGGGCCGGUUGAUCCUGGCUGUCGACUACCUCGAGCUUGCGGCACCUUUUGACUUUGUUUCGCAGAGCCAGGAGCUCUCGGACAGGCCAGGUGUCUUGCUUUUAUUUUCUGACUGCAUCGCCAUCCUCCAAAAACGGACAAACUCGGGCCUCACAGGCCGUGACUUCUUGCGCGAGAUUGACAAACCGUCUCCGGCGGGUCUGCUGGCAUCUAUGACUAAUGCCGCCGGUGGACCAGGAAUGUGGGAAUUUGCCUUUGGUGGUUGGCAUAACCUGGCCGAUGUCCGCUUCACCGAGUCCUCCGAUGGCCGGCUGGUCUGGAUGACAUCGACUCAAGAGAUGAAAGGCGCCCCUGCCGGCGAGCAUUUUACCAGCAAGGCCAUCACUUCUCGGUGCUUCCUUCUCCAAGAUCAUUACGAGGGCAGAGCGAGCAAAUGGAGCGACGACAUUGUCAAAGCCCGCAUCGAAGGCCGGUUUGCCGAGAAGGAGAGGGAAGAUCCUACUUGGACGCUCCGCACAGUGAGGAUGCAAGACAACAAUUUUGGGUUGCAUGCUGCCGUCUUCCAAGAGGGCGCUCAGCAGCUCAUCGAAGGUCGCAGAGAACCCGCCCCUAUCCGCAUUGUUUUGGACAACGACAAAGGUACCAAGGGGGCGCCUGUCGGCCAUUACGGCGUCGAGGUCGUGUUUGAGGCGAGGACCGGCGACAUGCGGCGCAUCUCGAUGAAUACAUUGGGCUUGAACGGGAAGAAGUUUACUGAUGACGUGGCGCUGGAAGAUUUCCUACCGACCCUCUCGCGCAGGAUUGUUCAGCUACUUAGCGCGCAGUUCAGCGUCUCUAACUUGAGGCUCGUCCCCGCCCUGGUGUCGUACUACACCAAGAUUUUGCGUUCGAUCAACAUCACAACCAAGGUAGAGAGGAACAGCCGGUCGUUUCUCUCCUCCUCGCCAGUCAAAAUGCUUUCAAACCUACUGGUUGGGAGCAACGCCUCGUCGAGCACGACCUCCCUCGAGAACGUGGGCAGCAGUGGGUCGAGACACAAGAGGACCCGCUCCAACAGUCACAGGGACGUGGCAGUCGUAAUAUCCGGGUCGAUCAAGGACAGAGACUUACCACGACUCACCGUGGAAGAAGAAGAGGAGCCGCCAGAGAACCCGCUGGUUCGCCUCGAGCAAACCUUCACCGGAUACGUGGCCAACAUGCAAGCGCGCAAGGGUUACUUCAUUGGUCGCACCCUACUCAACAGAUCCAUGGCCGACGAGCUCCAGGUGAACGAUCUCUACAACCGCCUCAUCGAAUUCCCCUACGACUUGGAUGCAGCUUCAGAGCUGGGGACAGAAGUCAUCUUUGCGGCGUUUGAGAAGUUUAUCCGCAUCGCUUGGCGUGAGCAGAUCGGGCCCGUGAUGACUAUGCAUCAUCUCGAGGCUCUCCAAGUGCGAGCGUCCAAGAAGGUGGUGGGUGACUUUGCCGACUUUGUUCGCUUCCUGUUCAGCGAUAUGGCCCCUCAGAACCGCCGGGCAUUCACCGCCCUCAUGAAGUUGCUCGCAGAUCUCCUCGAAGGCUGCAGCAAUGACGGGGAUAGGGGGGCGUUGACACUAGCAUUCGCAGAGAUGCUGGUCGACGACGCGAAUCCGUCGGAUUACAUCAACCUUCUCGACCGCCUCGUCGAGGAUUGCGACCGCAUCUUCGAGAAGGCGGAUGCUCCAGACCCCACUGGUUUACUGAGCGGCUUCAAUAACGGGUACAACGGUUAUAACGGUUUUCCCUAUGAGGUUUUGAUCGCUAGCAACCGGAGCCAAAAGUCGAUCUCAGGAUCGAUGACUUCAAAUACCUCGUCACUCCGGAGGAAGUUCGGGUUCGAUACGCUCUUGCGGCAGAAUAGCAAGACGGAGACCGACCGGCCGUCCAUGUGGCGCACGCUGAGCAAGCACAGCAAGACCCAGAGCUUGGAGAGCGCGACCAUGACGAUAGCCAGCAGGUCAAAAUCGGUAGAUCUGGGCGCCAACUACACAAUACCCAACCGGCUCCGCCGCCCGGGAUCCCGGGACCGACCUCCAGUUGCCGGCGCCUUCGAUGAUAUCGGACACCGCCCUCUGAGUUCUCACCGACUCGAAACCAUCGGCGAGCCAGAAGUACCCGAGUUGGUCGAGACCAAGUCUCUCAAGAAGAAGCGCCGAAGCUCGCUCUCGGACCUUAAGUCCUUAAUGUCGUCAACAAGUCUGGAAGAUGACCCGGCGCUCAUGCCUUUGAGCGUCAACCAACAGCAGACGUCGGAGAAGUUCAACUCGGUCCCUCAGCCAGAAUCGCCCUCCAAGACCCCGAGCAGCCCUCAGUCCCACACACAAUCCUUCCGCUCGUCGAAGCAAAAGGAAAACGACGUAGACUCGUUCCAGUCACCCACCGAAUCCCCAGACGAAAGCGAGAAACCGGCCACGCGGAGACCGCGUGCUAGAACCAUCACGAUCUCGCAAAUACCGACCCUCAAAGCGCCACCCUCGCGCAUCCCCGGUCCUCCCCCGCUAGAAUCGCCCACCCGCCCAUCCAGCAGCCCCGGAAAAGCGUCGGGUACCGGCCAGAAGCUUCGCCUCCAAUCCCCGCAAAAGCUGCGCGAGCGUUUACAAACCGAGAAGAAGGCCGUCGACGAGGUCGACGCGUCCCUAAGAAGCGAGCUAUCCCGCAUCUCGGAGGACAUGGCGCGCGUUAACUCGGCCCUCCCUCGCUCUGCCACGGCCGACCUCCGCAAACUCUCCACCGCCGUCAAGGCGCUCGAGGACCACGUGCCGCAAGUGCUGCAGGAGCUCGAGGACCGCCACGCGCUCAUGCAGCGCGACUUCGAGGCCACGCUCCGGUCGUCCGAGGCCAAGGUGAAGGCCAUCGACCAGCUGUACAAGGAAGCGACGGCGGAAAAUGAGCUGCUGUACGAGAAGUUCAACUCGGAGCUGGGCAAGAUUGUCAAGGCGCUCAAGGGCAAGGGCCGCGAGGAUAAGGAGGAGCUUGUUGCGAGGCUGAAGGAGUCGAGCGACGAGGCGGCGAGGGCCAAGAAGGAGAAUGCGCGCCUGAGGAGGGAGAUGGUCAGCUUGAGGAUGCUACUGAAGGGGGCGACGAGCACGGCGAAUGCUGGGAGCAGUGGUGGCGCGGGCAGUGGUGGGGAGGGGAAUUAG